AAAAAUUCAUCAAAUCAAUAGUGUGGUUGCACAAGUGUGCACACCCUCUUAUAACCGGAACGUCGCUGUAAUCGGAAUUCAUUCACAUGUGAGAUUGGAGUAAGCCAUCAUUUAACGUGCCUCUGAUGAAUCUCAAAUUAACUUCAGAUGUGCUAGUAGGCUUUUUUGGGGGGGGGGGGGGCGGUAUUCUAGCAAAAGCCAGAAGUUUUUGUGCUAAAAACGGCUUUCCAUUUUGAACUGCUCAUAAUUCCUUCCACCUUGUCCGGUUGAAAGAAGGCAUGCUGCCACCACCAUGCCUCACUCGUAUAAGCGCUGUUCUUUUGGUGAUGAGCGGUGUUUGCCUUUGUGCCAAGCAUACGUUUUGGAAUUCGGGCCCAAAAAUUCAACCUUGGCUACAUCGGACCAUAACUCAUUUUCCCCCCGCACACAUCUGCGAGAUUUUAUAAUACACUGAAACCAAAUUUGCACUUUUUGCCCAUAAUUCCGUAAUGUGAGUUUGCCGCAAACACAACAUUGGUCAUUUAUUCGUACACACACGUAACCUUAAACAGAAUCGCAUUUGGUCGUCCCCCCCUUCCCCCCCCAAGGUGAAAGCGGCUCAUAUCCCUCAUGUCGUCAUCGGGCCGAGCCAUGCAAAUGCAACGUUUACAGAGGUGGGCCAAACAAACAUGCUGACAUGUGUCCCCUCUGCUUGAGAUCAUUCGCCUCCCACCUCGAUGACAAGAGUGCAUCUGGAGGGGAAAAUCCCGUUGUCUGUAAAAGUAGGCUACAGGCUUUUUAUUUUUUUUAUUUUUAUCUCUUCAGAACGAUGAUGAAACCACUGGUUGUAUUAUCCCCGCUCCCUCUCCCCGCCCUCGGCUGCCUCCAGUUUGUAGGUUACCGAAAGAUUUCGCCAACCACAGAUAAGAAGAUUAGGGAGGAAUUAAUGGUAUUCCUUUGUCGUUAUUGGGAUAAAUUGAUAUUUGGUUUUAGACAAGAGGGUGGAGACUGUUAGGGUCAGCGGCGAAGCACGUUCCGGCAAGAGAUGCAAGAGGACGGAUGGCACAUUUGACAACUAAACUCAAUCAGGGGACUAUCUGGACUCAUGUAUAGCGCCUUUGCCGCAGAUGAGAGUGCAGGACGGUGCCACCAUGAUUGGGCGUGCGCAAGCCACAGCGGAAUGAGCGCUGCCGGAACAUGGACGUGCCAGUAAGGGACGGGGACUGAGGCUUCCAUCGGAGGGCAGGGGGAGGACGCUCGGGCGGUGGAGGGUGGGGGGGGGAUCCUCUAGCGUUCCCAGCACCGCUUUCACCAUGAGAGCGGUCCUCCUGGCCUUACGACUCCUGUGCUUCGCCUGCUGGUGGCCCGUCACGCAUCUGAACGGCAGCCACUUCCCCAGCAAGAGGAGACACAAGGAGCUCGACCUCGGAGACGUCAACAGACAAAAACACGGCGGACGAGUGGACCUCAAGAUGAAAAAGCUCGACAGCACAAAGUCGUUGCUCAUUAAAUCGGAACAGCUGCUUCGAAUAGAGGACCACGAUUUUGCCAUGCGGCCGGGCUUCGGAGGUUCAGCCAUCCCCGUUGGCAUCGACGUCCAGGACUUCACCAUGACUCUGUACUUGAGGCAUUACUGGCAGGACGACCGACUGGCCUUCCCCUCCAGCAGCAACAAGAGCCGAACCUUCGACUCGCGUCUCGUGAAGAAGAUCUGGGUGCCCGACGUGUUCUUUGUCCACUCCAAGCGCUCUUUCAUCCAUGACACAACCAUGGAGAAUAUCAUGCUGAGGGUUUUUCCUGACGGCAACAUCCUCUACAGUGUCCGGAUUACCGUGACAGCGCUUUGCUCGAUGGACUUCAGCAGCUUCCCUCUCGACACACAGAACUGCUCCCUGGAACUGGAGAGCUAUGCUUACAAUGAGAACGACCUUAUGCUGUACUGGAAGAAUGGGAAUGAUUCAUUAAGGACUGACGAGAUUGUGCUGUCUCAGUUUUUUGUCGAAGAUUUCCAGCCUUCUUUUGGGCUCGCCUUCUACAGCAGUACUGGAUGGUACAAUCGUCUCUACAUUAAUUUCAUCCUCAGGAGGCACAUAUUCUUCUUCAUGCUGCAGACAUAUUUUCCCACCAUGCUGAUGGUAAUGCUGUCCUGGGUGUCUUUCUGGAUAGACAGGAGGGCCGUGCCCGCCCGUGUCUCCUUGGGCAUCACCACCGUGUUGACCAUGUCCACCAUCAUCACCGGCGUGUCCUCCUCAAUGCCUCAGGUGUCUUACGUGAAAGCGGUGGACAUCUACCUGUGGGCCAGCUUUCUUUUUGUCUUUCUCUCCGUCAUCGAGUACGCAGCCGUCAACUAUUUCACCACAGUGGAGGAGAUGAAGAAGCUCAAGAGGGCACAGAUCCCGGCGUCCUACAACGCCACACAGGCCAUGGCUUUCGAUGGCUGUUUCCAUGACAACGACAUUGACCUGACCUCUUUCCCCGAGGUUUCCAGCACACCGAACACAGAGAGGAACGCACAGUCACGAAACUCCACUGUGUCGGCCCCCGCAGAGGGUACCAGGCUACGCCGCAGGAACCCGUUAAAACACAACCUCCGUUUCAUAAUGAGCAACAGCUACAUGAUUGACUCCUACUCCAGGGUUUUAUUCCCUCUGGCCUACCUGCUCUUCAAUGUCAUUUACUGGAGUAUGUAUGCGUAACACACUCUCAUUGCAGGUGUGUGUGCGUGCGUGUGAAAACAUCACAGUCAUAGGAUUUAAACUUUUAUUGUUGUACAAAGCUUUUGAAUCGGAUGAUUAUUUCAGUCUUGGGAUUGUAUUCCGUUGCUUAAUUGCCGCAGAGUAAAAUGCAUAUUUAUUGUAAAAUAUCUCUCAAAUGAAAAGUAAACGUAUGCAGUGUUGUUCAUAUGUCUUUUGUUGUUUUGUAUAAACGGGGUCCUCGGUUUUACGAUAUGCGAGAUUAGGAGUGACGUGUAGUUUGCAGUGGUGGCAAAAGUAGUCGCUCGCUUUUACUUGAGUGGAGGUUAUGUACAAAUACUUGUGUAAAAAAUACUCUGGUGAAAGUAGCACGAGUACUCAUCAAUUCAACUCCUUUAUUUUUUUCAUGUAAAAGAGAGAAAGUACGGACCGAAAUGUGCUAACAUACAAGCAUAAAAAUAUUUUUUUUCUCAUAACCAUCUUGAUAGUGUUCCACAAAACUUCUCAUCUGAUCAAAAUCGUUUUAUUUUAUUUUCUUGUGACUGAAAACAAACUUUACCGACAUGUUUUUGUUCAGGGGCACUCAGCUGAGAGCGUUGACUGUUUCUCAAACUUAAUAAGUGGUUAGAAAGUAGUUCAAGUACAGUUUUGCAGUUAAAAA